AUGUUAAAUCGGAAAAUUCUUACAAUUUCCAUUUCCCGCCAAAUAACUGCUUUUGCAUUUCACCUUCUUCGUUUCAAUUGUACCCACCAUUAUCAUCAUCAUCAUCAUCAAUCUCCUUCGUUUUUCUCUUCAAUUCUCAAAUCUGUAAAAAAUCCCACGAUUCUCCUUCAAUUACAUGCUCAAAUUGUCACUUCUGGCGCAACUUCUAAUCAUGUUUCUCUCUCCAACAAUUUGAUGAAUGCCUAUAUUUCUGCUGGUUUAAUUUACAAUGCCCAGAAACUUUUUGAUCAAAUCCCAGAAAAAAAUUUAGUUUCUUGGACAAUUUUGAUAUCUGGGUUUACGAAAAGAGGGUUUUUUGAUGAGGGUGUUGAAUUAUUUGGUAAAAUGGUGAGAAGUGGGUUAAUGCCUAAUGAGGUUACUAUUUCAAGUGUUUUACCAGCUUUUGCGAAUCUGGGUUUGGAUUUGAUUGGUAAAUCGGUUCAUUGUUUCUGGGUUCGUCGUGGAUUUGAGCAUAAUGUUGUUGUUGAGACGUCUUUGAUUGAUAUGUAUUGUCAUUUCGGGAGACUGAGUAUUGCCCGGAAUCUGUUCGACGAAAUGCCUGUGAGAAAUCUUGUUUCAUGGAAUGUUAUUAUUUCAGGGUAUGCUAAUAAUGGGAUGGGAGAUGAUGGACUUUACCUUUUUAAUGUAAUGCGAAAGAAUGGGGUUUCUUUGGAUUAUUUUACCAUCAUGAGCUUGAUAUUGGCUUGUUCGGAACGUAGUCGAGGAAGAAUAAGUAGUACAAUUCAUGGUUUGAUUGUAAGGAUAGGAUACAGCAAAGAGCGGCAAAUUCAAACCGCUCUUAUCGAUAUGUAUACGAGUGGUAGCUUCAUUGAUGAAGCUUAUGGUGUCUUUAAUGAAAUGGUUGUCAAAGAUAUGGUUGCCUGGACUUCGAUGUUGAAAGCAUUCUCAUCGGGUCAGUAUUGGAGCAAGGCCAUUGAACAUUUAAGUGAGUUAAUGUGUGUACAUUAUAUGUCUCUUGAUUCAACUGCUCUUGUAAGCAUGAUUUCAAGCUGCAGCUCUUCAGGAGCUUUACCACAAGGCAGACUGAUUCAUGCGUUUGUAGUCAAACGAGGGUUCAGCAAGGAUGUGUUUGUUGGUUCUGCAUUCAUAGGCAUGUACACAAACUGUGGUGAUUUAGACAGCGCGAAAAAUUACUUUAGCUGGAUGGAGGAAAAGGAUAUUACGUGCUGGAAUGCUAUGAUUAGAGCUGUGGGAGUGAAUGGAAAUGGCAGUGAUGCAAUUCGUCUCCUAUGGAAAUUAGAAGGCUUAGGAUUAAAUCCAAAUGAAUCUACUUUUGUUUCUGUCUUGUCUGCUUGCAGUCAUGCUGGUAUGGUUAAUGAAGGUCUUCAAAUUUUUGAUCAUAUGUUGGAGAAAAGGGGCAUACUUCCCAAUCCACAGCAUUAUGCUUGUCUAGUAGACUUGCUUGGACGAUCAGGACGACUAGAUGAGGCCCAUUUGGUGAUAUCUCGGAUGCCUUUGCAGCCACAUUCUGGGGUUUAUGGUGCUUUACUGAGUGCAUGUAAUGUCUAUGGUAACACUGAGGUGGGAACUGAGAUUUAUAAACAACUACUUAUAUUAGAUGUCACAGAUGUUGGCCAUUUAUGCUCUGUUUCAAACUUGUACUCCUCCAUGGGUGAUUGGGAAGGCACAGAGAUGUCUCACACAGUACGAAGAUCUAAAGGAAUAAAGAAAGACCCUGGGUAUAGUUUGACUGAGUUAAAUUAG